AUGACCCUCUUGGAUCGACAUAACAAAAUUCUUUCCGAAAUCCAACAAGACCUUGGCAAUACAGACUGGUGUAAGGAACUUGACCGGAUGCAUCGCGACAUGUUGACCCUAAGGCCAAUCUCUGCCGGUUUGCGACGAUCUGCCUCACCCAACCCAACCGGAUCGGAAAAGUUUAUAUCUAAGGAUAUCCAUGGUCGACCAGUGUUUACCACGCGUUUUGAUGUGCGUCAAUUUGAACCACAAGAGAUCGAAGUCCGAUUAGUAGAUAAUAAGUUGCAGGUUCACGCGAAGCACGAACAGAAAGACGGUGAAUCAUCAGAGAUGGUUGAAUACAGUCGUAAAGUGGCGUUGCCUGCCAACGUUGACCUGAAAAGCCUCAACUGUGUCAUGUCAUCCGAUGGCUACUUGACAGCCGAAGCCUUGUUGCCACCACCCAAGUAUGCUGACCACUUAAGCGCGAGUAGACCGAGACAAUCCAGUCCUUCACCUUCGAGACGUGUGCCACAUCAACCUUUCGAGGUUCAUGGUCAAGCUUUGCAGUCUUUUACUGGUCGUAUUUCUGUUCUUCCGCCGUCACCCAUACUUCCCUAUCUGACCGAUAUAUUUUCUUCCAAUACCCUUAUUAUUUUCUUCUUCUUCUUCUUCUUCUUCUUCUUCUUCUUCUUCUUCUUCUUCUUCUUCUAA